UAGUACUAGAGUCGGCUGUGCUACACCGCAAAUGGUACAUACACGCAACACAAGUGAUUUUCCCUUCUAUCUAUUGGAGGUCAAUAUUCGUACCAUGGUCAUUCUAUUAUAUGUCUGCUAGAGCUAUUUGGAGCCAUUGUGUUAAGUCUGAAGUAGAUAUUUACGUUUUAUUUAAAACUAACAAAAAGUCACUUUAUAAAUAAUAAAAAUGCUUCGACAUAUGCUGCGACCGAUCGUUCAAAAUACACGAAUGGAAACCAGCCAUCCCAUACUGACGCAUUCACCGCCACAGACGUGUGCCCGUUCAUAUCAUGUGCCUCAUGAUGUCAGACCUCCACACAUGGAUGAAGUGCUUGUACCAUCAGGUUCAUGGCAAGAAGCAUAUACCAAGGCUAAUAGAAAAUAUAAUUUGGUAUUAGCACUUGGUAUUACUUCACUACUUGUUACAAUAGCAAUUGGCAGAUGGAAUGGAACACUGUGGCUUAAUUUUGCUCCACCAAAACCAAAGCCAAAAGAAUAAUGUUUUAUUAAGGUAUAUAUUUAAACAGAACGCAGUAGCACCUAAUAAAUAUUGUAUCUGUUCUUUUACAAUUAAAAAUUAUAGUGCAAAUGUUA